CGUCCUAUGGCUGCGUCCAGUGUAUGAGAAGAGACCGAUCCAUGUAGCUUAUAGAGCUGCGGACACCAGCAGGAGAGUUGUAGCGGACCUCAACGUAGCCUGCUAACGUGCCUGUUCAUGUAACAGUGAAGAAUGUGAUUUGGAAGUUUUCUUUUAUAGCAAGUGUCCUUUUGCUCACCAUGACGCAGCCGGCGGAGAAAGUCUAUUACCGCUUUGUGGUGCUGUUCUUCAACUGCCUGCUCACAUUUGGCUCUUAUUUCUGCUUCGACAUCCCCAGUGUUUUGCAGGAUCAGUUCCAAGGGAACCUGACAUGUCCCAACGCAACAGUGAUCAAUGGGACAGUGGAUUGUGUGGUGGGAUUAGGGAUGACCCCUCAGCAGUACAAUCUUCUUUAUGCAAUCUAUGCUUGGACGAAUGCAGUAGUGGUGAUCAUGGCUGGGUUCCUGAUUGAUAAAUUAGGAAACCGCUUUGGAGUAUUUCUGUUCUCAUUUCUGUGUGUUUUGGGCUCGUCCCUGUUUGCACUGGGUUCCCACUUCAAAGGAUCUCCCUAUCUGCUGCCACUUAUGCUCACAGGCCGACUACUGUUUGGAUCAGGCAAUGGAUCUCUUACCAUUGUUCAGAACCGCAUCACAGCGUUCUGGUUCAAAGGGAAGGAACUGGCCUUGGCUUUCGGUCUGACCCUGGCUUUCUCUCGCCUGGGUUCAGUCCUGAACUUCUUCCUCACGCAGAGGUUUGAAGAACAGUAUGGCAUACAGUGGACACUCUGGGGUGGUACACUACUGUGUGUGCUGGGCUUUGUAUCUGCCGUUGUAGUCAGUGCCCUGGACAAGAUCGGAAUGAGGCAGCUGGGUCUUGAUGGCGCCAUCCGAGAGGAGUCCCGCAAAGUGAGGAUUCAGGAUGUGAAGCUCCUGUCGCUAAGAUACUGGCUGCUUGUUCUCACCAUCAUGUUCUUCUACAAUGGCAUCUUCCCGUUCAUCGCAGAUGCCAGUAAGUUCAUUCAGGAUAAGUACAAUGGCUACAGUCAGAAGGAGGCGGCCUAUAUCGCCGGGGCGGUUUAUGACAGCUCACUGGUCCUCUCAGCCAGCGUGGGCAUUCUCAUAGAUUUUGUGGGUCUGCGGGGCGUUUUUGCAUUGGCCUGUGCCAUCCUCACGCUGCCUGUAUUUGGGCUCCUGGCCUUCACCUUUGUCCCUCCUCUCGUCUCCACCAUAUGGCUGGGAGUCACCUACUCCUUCGCUGCUGCAAGCAUGUGGCCGUCUAUUCCCCUUGUGGUGCCUCAGGCGACUCUGGGAACAGCCAUGGGUCUGGCUACCUCCAUACAGAUGGUUGGGAUUGGGGUGUCCAAUCUGGUUGUUGGGCAGAUUUUGGGCACCAAGUCUAGUGAAACUAAAAUUCCGUUGUGGCGUUGGCAGAGGAUGAUGAUCUUUAUGUUGGCCAACACCAUCGCCUGCAUCGUCACCUCGGUGCUGCUCAACAUGGUCGACCACAGACAGGGCGGGAUCCUGAACAAGACAACCAAGAGGUCGGGGCAGGCAGAGAGAGACUCCGACAGAGAGCCGCUCAACCCGGGAGAGGAAGAGCAAAAUGAGGAUGAGGAGGACGAGGCAGUCAGAUCUCGUUCUCUAAACUCUUAAGUUUGGUUUAUACUUUACUCAAGUUUGAACGUUUCUCUCUCUCUUUUUAUUUAAAGAGAGAGAGAUACAUGUUAUAUAUUGUUGUGUGUGUGUGUGUGUGUGUGUGUGUAUGUAUAUAUAUAUAUAUAUAUACUGUAUUUGUUUUUAUAUUGUAUAUUUUCAAAUUGAACUUGGUUUAUUGCACACCUCACUGAAACCACCUUGCUUCUCCAUACUGUAUCUGCUGUUGCUAUUACAACAGAUAAUUUAAACAACCGAAUGGUAUUGUUGUAUUAUAUAACAUGUGAACCAGGUAUUGCAGAUUUUUCAGUAAUAAAUAAAAAAAUAAAAAUACAAUUACGCAAAAAACAUCAAAACUAUAUCUUUAACUUUGAACUUUUUUUCCAGUUCAUUUGAGAUGAAACACAUUCUAUCAGUCAUAUCAUCCAAUAUCAGCUGUACUGCCAUAACUGACAGUGAGGUCACUAAAUCAUUUUAACAUCACGUCAACAUGCAUGUCUCAAAAAAAUUCAGUGUCUGUGUUUUUUACAAUUUUCUAAUGAAACUAUUUGUACAUCCUAUCUGUUUGUUCGUGGUUAGAGAUUUCACUAUGUACUUAAAGAAGGGAAUUUGAUCUUUUUCACAUUGCCAAAAUGGCAAAAAAUAUGUGUCUGUGCUACAUGGUUUUAAAAAAAAAAAA